AUGAUGACGCCUAUUGAGGAGAAGAAAGAUGAAAAGAUACGUACAGGCAUGGUGCAGGUCUCGGACGGCAAGUCCCGCCCGAGGCCGGCGCGGCUGGUACUCACGAUGGAUGCGGUGACCGUACAGCGCGAGGCCCCCGUGCCUGUGCAGCCGACCAAGGAUAAAAAUGUGCCACAUGCUAGGGAGCGAAUGGUCCAAAUCACGCGGCAGAAGGUUGGCGGUUUGGGGCUUAGCAUAAAAGGUGGUGCUGAACAUAAAUUGCCUAUCCUCAUUUCAAAGAUAUACAAGGACCAAGCGGCUGACCAGACCGGCCAGCUGUUUGUCGGAGACGCUGUUAUUAAAGUUAACGGAGAGUACAUAACGGCGUGCAAGCACGAUGAUGCGGUGAACAUACUCCGGAAUGCAGGAGAUAUUGUCGUGCUCACUGUCAAGCACUACAGAGCCGCUACACCUUUCCUGCAGAAACAAGCGGACGGUGCUUCGGACACAGACAGCAGUACAGGUGACGACCACCCGUCACUACACAAUAAGAACGUGGACGCUAAUUGCAAUACUGAGAAGAACACUGAACAAACUAAUGGAGGUUGGCAGAGCGCGUGGGGCGAGUGCGAGGAGGGCGCGGGGAGCCGGCCGGGCAGCGCGCCCGGCUCCGCGCGCGGCUCGCGCCCGCCCUCCGUCGCCUCCGACGUGCCCGACACCAACCGGGACUGGCGGGACGUCGUCUCCGUUCCAUUGAUGAUGGGUUACGUCACGAGAUACGUGCUAGGAACAGAUAAACUACGACCUGGCGCGUUUGAGGUUCGUGGUGCCCGUCCUCAUCUAACGACGGGAGUGAUCCACGCAGAGGACCCGGCGGCACUUUCUCAGUGGUUAAAAAGUAUUUCAGACAACAUUGUAGGACUUACUAAUCUCCAGAUGAAAUUGUUCAACCGUCACUUCGGUCCGGGCGAGCGCAUCGAGUACAUGGGCUGGGUCCACGAGGGAGUAGUACAAGCUCAGCAACCCUGGCAGACUUACAGACCUAAGUUCCUCGUACUCAAGGGAACUGAUGUUAUGUUGUUCGAUGUUCCGCCCAUGUCGAGUACGGAGUUGGCGAAAUGUCCAGAGAGCCUGAAGGUCUACCAGACGAUGUUCCGUACGGUGAAGGAGAGUGAGACGGUGGACUGGCGCCAGCACUGCUUCUUAGUACAGAGCUCGGCGCCCGGGCCGGCCGGGGCCGCGCCGCCCGGGCCCAGGUACUUCAGUGCCGAGACCAGGCAGGACCUACUCAGGGUCGAGGCCGCAUGGACCACCAACAUUGUCAACUCUGUUAUACGACUCGGGAAGAAAACAUUCACAGUAGUACACAUGGGCCGCGCGGCGGGACUGACGUUAGACUGGGCGGCUGGGUUCUCACUCAGUGAGGGCACACCCGGAGCCAAACCUGUUUGGGCAUACCGAUUUUCUCAACUCCGAGGAUCCAGUGAUGAUGGCAAAUCAAAAUUAAAACUACACUUCCAAGACUCUGAGACUAAAGUUAUUGAAACGAAGGAACUAGAAUGCCAGAUUCUACAGAGCUUAUUGUUUUGCAUGCAUGCGUUCCUGACGGCGAAGGUAGCGUCUGUCGACCCCGCCUUCCUCGCGUCCAUACAACAGUCCAAUUAG